UAAUCGGACCAACUUUCCGCAAUCGUAAAUACAACAAAGUGAACGGAAAGGCAAUUUCUCUAAUUUAGUUAAAUUAAUAUAAUUGUGUAGCGCGUAGUAAAAAUGGACGCACAUCGGGAAGCAAUUCAGAAACAGAUACACCAGGAUUGGGCCAAUCGGGAAUACAUUGAAGUGAUAACAGCGAGCAUCAAGCGCAUCACGGAUUUUCUCAACUCGUUCGAUAUGUCCUGCCGAUCCCGGCUAGCGGUGCUGAACGAGAAGCUAACGACGCUAGAACGACGAAUCGAUUACCUCGAAGCGUGCGUCACGAAAGGGGAAACGUUGCAAUAGUAGUGUGUGCGGUGUGUCCGGGUGCGGCCUUAACAAGACAGGAGAAGAUGGACAAGCCCUACCAUAGGGGAUGUAAACAAACUGCACGCAGACCGGAGAAAGCUUCAGAAUGAAGAUUUCAUUACAGUGUAACACUAUAGCGACAAUGUUCUUUCCUUCCCGAGAAGAAACCGAUGGUGCACACUGUGCGUGGUACACAAUCGAAAUGCCAACGUGAAGUGAUAGGGAAACGCCUGUAAGUUGAAGUAUCCCUGAUUGUGGGCAAUCUUUGCGUAGACCCAGAUCAUCAGUCUGAGACCACGGGUCGGUCGGUCACGGGCAGAAUCGGUCUGUGAGAUUAAACAAUUGCCAGGAUUUAUUUAUAUGUAUUGUACGGCUUUAUAUGUUUCUUUCUAGAAUGGUAACAUAAAAUCAUAAAUU